AUGACGAAACGGUUCAUAGGGGUCCGUCAGAGGCCGUCCGGACGAUGGGUCGCCGAGAUCAAGGACUCUGCUCAGCACGUCCGGCUUUGGCUCGGAACCUACGACACCCCAGAGGAGGCCGCCCAAGCCUACGACGAGGCAGCCCGGGCCCUCCGCGGAGACAACGCCCGAACCAACUUCGUGUCCGCCGCCGCCGCCGCCACUAGCGAGGGCCUAUCGAAGCAAAGUGGACUGAGUUUUGCUUCUCUGAAAGCCAGGUUGAGCAAGAAUCUUCAGGGCAUAAUGGCUAGGUCAAGCGAUGGUAGUAGCAGUAAUAAACCAUCCAAGAGCAGGGUAACUGACCAUUUUACCCUCGCUAGCAUAUUCCACAGAAGGGCUAGUUCUGACUACGGAAACUACGAGUUCAACCAAAUCCCUAAUGAUAUGGUGGAGAAAGUGGUGCAGCCCAGCAUAAUAGUGCCGCCUGUAGGAGAUCAACCGGGUGCGGUUACUUCCUGGGAGAGCUCAAGCAGCUCCGAGUGGUUCGGGUUCCGGCAGCCUGGUUUGGACUCUGACGGUUCAGAUGCCGGCGGGGAGCAGUUAGGGCUUAGUUUGGAGCAGCUGUUGGGGUGGGUGGAUAGUCCGGAUCAUGGUAAUAAUAACGUGUAUGGAAGCGAUGAACAAGAUGAGGGAUCAAGGAGCAAGAGGUUUAAGGUUUCUUCUUCAGUUCUUGUGCCUCCAACUUUCAGUGAGUCCCCAAAUAACAGUGAUUUUGGGUCGCCUUACAGUGCUUAUGAAUCUCCAUAUAAUGGUAUUGGCGGCAACUGA